AAGUACAGGAACCCACUUGGGAUAAACUCAUUUAUGUUCCACAAGCCCUUUCAUCAAGUGCAUAUUGCCCGGUAUAGACAAAUCACCUGCUUACUUAUGCUGUCCCAGCGAUUCAACGCCAGUCCUCGCAGCCAUGCCACUGGAACUCCCGUCAAUUGAAUUCCACCAUGUGGCGGUGAUUGGCGCUGGUGCUAGCGGCUUAGUGGCCGCACGUGAGCUCCGUCGGGAAGGACAUACUGCAGUGGUCUUCGAGAGAGGUGAUCAAAUUGGUGGUGUCUGGGUUUAUACCCCUGAGGUGGAGUCGGACACACUUGGGGUGGACCCGCAUCGGACUUUUGUCCACUGCAGCCUUUAUGAGUCCCUUCGCACCAACCUCCCCAGACAGGUAAUGGGUUUCAGGGACUAUCCAUUCGUUGUCAGAGAAGACGAUGAUCAUGAAAGAUCGAGAGACACAAGAAGAUUUCCGGGUCACAGAGACGUGUUGAUGUAUCUGCAGGACUUCGCGAGAGAGUUCGGGAUCGAUGAGUUAGUGAGGUUGGAGACAGAGGUGGUGUAUGUGGGAAUGGUGGAGAGUGGGAAGUGGAAGGUCAAGUCCAGAAAGAGAUGUGGAUCAGCGAUCAUGGAAGAGUAUUUUGAUGCUGUUGUUGUUUGCGUCGGACAUUACUGGGAGCCUCGUCUAGCUGAAAUUUCUGGCAUUGAUUUAUGGCCCGGAAAGCAAAUGCAUAGCCAUAACUAUCGAAUUCCUGAGCCCUUUCGAGACAAAGUAGUAAUUCUAAUAGGAAAUUCAGUGAGUGCAAAUGAUAUUUCUCGAGAAAUAGCUGGAACUGCAAAAGAGGUCCACCUUGCAUGUAGAACUGUUAAUGAACAUCAAACAAUGGGAAAACAAGCAGUCUACAAUAAUAUGUGGUGUCAUCCAAUGAUAAAGAGUGUGCAUGAAGAUGGAACUGUGCUUUUCCAAGAUGGAAGUGUUGUCCUGGCUGACUUCAUUAUGCAAUGCACAGGGUAUAGAAAAUUCCAUGUUCAACAUAAAAUUAAUAGAGAGUUGAAUGAAAGAAUUAAAGAUAUAAUUUAUGGUCCUUUUACUUUCACAAGGUACAAAUAUCAUUUCCCUUUUCUUGAUACCAAUGGUAUUGUCACUGUCCAAGACAAUCGUGUUGGGCCAUUAUACAAGCAUGUAUUUCCACCAGAGUUAGCUCCAUGGCUUUCUUUUGUUGGGUUAGCAUGGAAGGUUGCGCCAUUUCCUAUGUUUGAACUCCAGAGUAAGUGGAUAGCAGGUGCUCUCCAUAAUCGGAUUGCACUUCCAUCACAAAAGAAGAUGAUGGCGGAUGUUAAAGCCUUUUACUCUUCACUCGAAGCUUCUGGGAAGCCUUAUAGAUAUACUCAUAACAUUAGUGAGUAUCAGUUUGAGUACAUUGACUGGCUUGUGGCUCAAUGUGGGGCUCCUGCACAUGAGGAAUGGCGCAAGCAAAUGUAUGCAGCCACUAAGAAAAGCAAAAUAACCAGGCCUAACUCUUAUAGAGAUGAAUGGGAAGAUCAGCACCUCGUUUGGCAAGCUAAUCAGGACUUCAUCAAGUUUACUGUAAAUAAAAACUGAAUUUUCUGUUUCAUUAUGUUAGAGUUCUUACAAUAAAUAAAAUAAGUAGCUAAAAGAAGCUGCAAAGUUGAAUAA